UGCAGAGAGGGGCGGGGCCAUAGUAGCCAUUUUAUCAUUGCAGCAGCAGAGCUGCAGGUGCACCCUGGUGUUGUUUUAUCUUUGUUUUUAUGGUCCCGGUUUUCAACGGUCAGGGUCGAACUUUAAAAUGGGUCAGUGUGGAAUCACGUCGUCGAAAACCGUCCUGGUUUUUCUCAACCUGAUAUUCUGGGCUGCAGCUGGAAUCUUAUGCUACAUCGGAGCCUACGUGUUUAUCACGUACGAUGACUACGACCACUUCUUCGAGGACGUGUACACUCUGAUUCCCGCUGUUGUAAUCAUAGCUGUCGGGACUCUCCUCUUCAUCAUCGGCCUGAUCGGCUGCUGUGCAACGAUACGUGAAAGCUCCUGCGGACUGGCAACCUUUGCGGCCAUCCUUCUGCUGGUGUUUGUGACAGAGUGUGUGGUGGUGGUGCUGGGAUACAUAUACAGGGCAAAGGUGGAAGAUCAGGUGAAUCACUCCAUUCAGAAGGUUUACAACGAGUACAACGGCACCAACAGUGACGCUCCCAGUCGGGCUAUUGACUAUGUUCAGAGGCAGCUUCACUGCUGUGGAAUUCACAACUACUCUGACUGGAGGAAUACACGCUGGUUCAAAGAAUCCAAAAACAACAGCGUGCCAGUCAGCUGCUGUCAGCCCGGCAUCAGUAACUGUACUGGAACACUGACCCGGCCGGCUGAUCUGUAUCAGGAGGGAUGUGAGGCUCUUGUUGUGAAAAAGUUAAAAGAGAUCAUGAUGUACGUCAUUUGGGCUGCGUUAACGUUUGCAUCAAUACAAAUGCUGGGGAUGCUGUGUGCCUGUGUGGUGCUGUGCAGGAGGAGUCAUGAUCCGGCGUAUGAGCUGCUGGUCACAACCAACAGCUACGCAUGAAUGAGACACAGUCGGUCAGAGAAAAAAACAAAAAAAAACGAGGCGUCCCCGGACAUGUCCACAGUAGAAUUCCCCUUUUAGUUCGAUAAGCUCAAGCACACCUUGCACAAUCCAUGAUAAAGUAGUGCACAUCCAUGAAGUUGUUUUGGGUGGGGUGGGGGCUACUAGGCAAAAAAAAAACCCCAGUUAUUUAUUAACGGUUUCGUUUUCUUUUAAAUGUCACUCUUUCUCCUUACAGACACUGAACAACCGUAGUUGGCUGUGGCUCAUUGAACGCCGUGAUGUUAAAGUGGUUUGUCAUUCCUAUUACAUUUUUACCUUUUUUGUAAAACAUAGGCUCUUACCCAGUGAGAAUGAUGAGAAGUAACUAGGAGUGUGUGUGUAUGGGCUGUGUUUGCUCGUCGGUCUGUUUGCACUAUGGCUCCAGCUCUGAAGGUACUGUAUUCACUCAUGGUUCAAAUGUUUGAUUCACUGUCCUCAAACCUUAGCCUGACCAAUGUUUGUAAAACUGGGAGGAAUUUUACCAUAAAGACUAGAUUUAGUGAUUUUUUUUUUAUGUGGAGAAUUUCAUUGAAGACAUGUAAGAUAUUUACUAGUAUCAAAAUCAUCAAUAUGACAAAAAUGUUUCGUUUUUUUGUGAAAUUCUCUGAUUCUCUCUUCACUACGACAAAGUCACCCAUGGUAUUUCCAAACUUUUAGUCUGUAGUACUUUUAGUUUGACCAGUGUUAGUGUGUACGUGUUUGUUCAGUUUGUCACAGGCAGACAUUUCCUUUUGUUUACAUUUGUAGUUAGAAACUAGUAUAGAAAUAGAAAACGUUAUUAUAUAUGUUGGUGACUUGUGUUCUCUUUGGAUUUUUUUUUUUAAUUAACUCCUUUAUUUAGCAAAAUGCUGAAAAAAAAAACACAUUUACUUGUAUAUAUGCUGGAAAACUGAAGUGGUGGACAAAUAAAAUCGUACGUUUUAAUGUGA